CAGAAGGGGGUUGCUCUGGAAGGCCCUUGGGGUCUCUUCCAGCUCUACGAUUCUAUGAAAAGGAAACAUGGAGCCUCUUCGAGGGGGGGCACUUGGCCUGCUCUUGGGGCGGAGCAAACGAGGCCCCGCCCUUCCGGCCUUACCUGUCGGGCAGGUAGGAGGAAGGAAGGAAGGAAGCCAGGCCAGGCCAGGCUAGGCCAAGCCAAGGGGGAGAUGAGGGCCCAGUGGCUCCGCCAGACCCCUGCCGCGACGGGACCCCCGGGACACCCCCUCCUGCUGCUGCUUCUCGCUGCCAUAUCCAGGACGUUCUCGCUGGAGAUCGAGGUCGAGCCCAGUGUCCAGGCCUUCGUCGGGGAGCCGGUGACCCUCAAGUGCUGGUUCCGCUCCUCAGUUCCGCUGACGGAGAAGCUGACCAUCGACUGGACCUUCCGUCCGCUGGCUGGGGGCAGCCUGGAACCGGUCUUCCACUACCAGUCCGAAGCCUACUACCCGGCACAGGGGGGCACCUUCCAGGGCCGGGUCUUGUGGGCCGGAGACGUGGGCCGCCACGACGCCUCUAUUCGCCUCGCCAGCCCGACACCAGAGGACAACGGCACCUUCAGCUGCACCGUUAGGAACCCCCCCGAUGUCCAGCACAACAUCCCCCAGACCCUGCUGACCGUCACCUGGAGAGCAGGUGCCUCCUUCCAGCUGACCUCGGCAGGACUGCUCUCCCUCCUGGUGUUUCUCCCCUCUGCCCUAGUAGUGAUGCUGCUGGGGGUCCGGAUGGGCAGGAAGUCUGGGCUGCUGAAAGCCAAGAAGAAGUUCGGCUACAAAAAGUCCUCCAUCGAAGUCUCUGACAACCCUGAGCCACCUGGAUGCCAGGAGAUGCUGCUUGGAUGCUGCCUGCGGUGCCUGGAUGAGGAUGAUACCUACUGACCGGCAUAGAGGGCGAGGACUGCCUUCUGGAGUGUCAUCUGAGACCCCCAGUGCCUGCUCCCAGGAGCAACAUUGGCUCUCUUUGUACGUCCGAAGGGGCUGGCCCUGAUGCACAACCAGCUUGCCUUUCAUCCUGGAGAAUCACUGAGAUUUCAUCAUCACCAUCACUGCUCUCUGUCUUUCUCUCUGGAUGGAUGGAUGUGUUUGGACUGAGAAUGGGGCCCAUGGGAUGAUAACUCAUGGGCAUUCCUGCUCAGUACUCCCCCCUGCCUGAGGUAUGGGCCCCUGGGAAGGAGGCGCUCCCAUCGGCUGGCUUUUUGCAAGAGCCUUUCCCUUUCUACCUCAGGAAACCUCAGCCCUCUUGGGCCCUUCCAUUUGACGCUGCCCCUCUGGAAGCUGUCUGAGACCAUAAACAAUUUCACUUUGAACCAGGAAGUGCAGUUGCAGUGAGUGAGCAAGGCAUCCCACAACUUGGGGGCUUCUGUCUGGGCCAGAGGCUUUCUUCCUGCCUUUGCCACCUCUUGUGCAACAGUGCCAGAAUGCCUUGUGAAAUAGUGCCUCAUGUGCAAUAGUGCCUCAGUGCAACAGUGCCAGAAUCCAUCCCCAGAGCAGCUGGCAGUGAAGGCAACUGUGAGCCUUGGGCUGCUUUCCUGCCUGCCUUCCUGCUGUUGGACAUGGACCAAUGGACUCAGGGUACAAGUGUUGAAAGUUAUGAACAGGUGGUAUCUUACACCGGCAAGAAUAUCCAAAAUGUACAAUACAAAAGAAAAUAAAUGUUGGAAAUGUGGUAAGGUAAAAGGAAGCUAUUAUCACAUAUGGUGGUCUUGUGUAGAAGUGAAGCAUUUUUGGAAAAAAAUUCAUAAUAUCAUACAGAAAAUCACAAAAGUAAAAUUCUCGAUGGCACCAGAGUUGUAUUUACUUAAUAUGACUACAUUUUUGGGUGAUGAGGCUGAAAAGAAACAUUGGAAAUCAGUGUUGUAUUUGGUAACAGCUGCUAGAAUACUUCUUGCUAAAUAUUGGAAAAGUUAUAAAUUACUGGAUAUAGACGAAUGGAUACAAAAGAUAUUAGAAAUAAAGGAGAUGGAUAAAUUAACCUCAUUAUUGAAAAAUGAAAACUAUGGAGGUCAUAUCUGGAUGGGCUUUGAAGAAUACAGUAUGUAAAUAAGAACUGGAAAACAAACACCCGACUAUGAAAAAUCAGAAACAUAAUAAUAAGGGAAAGAAGGUUUGAUAUGGAUGCAUAUGUUGGUAUGUUAAUUUAUACUUAUCAGUUAAAUAACAGUAUAUUGAUACAAAAUGAAUGUAGGAUUAAAAAUAUUUGUAUGAAAAAAUGAAGAGCCAUAAUAGUACAAUAGGAGUUUAAUAUUGUAAGUUGAAAGAAUAUGCGUAAGGUAGGGACAGCAAGGGUGAAUGUAAGCAUAUGUUAACUACAUUUCUGUACUUAAGAUCGGAAAUAGUGGAAGAAGAUGAAAAUGGAAAACGGAAAUAACGAACAGAAGAUUCAAUUAAUUAUACACAAUGAUGUAUAUAUAAUGAAUUUUAUGUAAGAUAAUGUAAUAUCUCUGUUAUUUAUGCUUCUUUCCUUUUUAAGUAUAAUAAAAAUAAACAGUUAAAA